GCUCCGAGCUGGUCCUGACUGAGGGCAGGUCUGUCUCGGCGGCGCUGCGGCGACCUCCGUCCCGGACAGCUUCCCCUCCCCGGGCUGCUCCCCUCCUGCCCGCGAGUCCUCUCGCCUCGUAGGCCUCUCGGAUCUAAUAUCGUGGGGUGAGGUGCGAGCAGGCCCGGGGAGGGUAGUUACCAUAAUUACCGCUGAGGAGCCGCAGUCACGAUCAAGAUGAUAGAGGUACUGACAACAGACGCUCAGAAACUGCUACACCAGCUGAAUGCCCUGUUGGAACAGGAGUCUAGAUGUCAGCCAAAAGUCUGCGGCUUGAGACUAAUUGAGUCUGCUCAUGAUAAUGGCCUCAGAAUGAGUGCAAGGCUAAGGGACUUCGAAGUGAAAGAUCUCCUUAGUCUAACUCAGUUCUUUGGCUUUGACACGGAAACAUUUUCUCUAGCUGUGAAUUUACUGGACAGGUUUCUGUGCAAAAUGAAGGUACAGCCCAAGCACCUUGGGUGUGUUGGACUGAGCUGCUUCUAUUUGGCCGUAAAAUCAGUAGAAGAAGAGAGGAACGUCCCAUUGGCAAAUGACUUGAUCCGAAUAAGCCAGUAUAGGUUUACUGUUUCAGACUUGAUGAGAAUGGAAAAGAUAGUAUUGGAGAAGGUGUGUUGGAAAGUCAAAGCUACUACGGCCUUUCAGUUUCUGCAACUCUAUUAUUCACUCAUUCAAGAGAACUUGCCAUUUGAAAGGAGAAGCAGCCUUAAUUUUGAAAGACUAGAAGCUCAACUUAAGGCAUGCCACUGCAGGAUCAUAUUUUCUAAAGCAAAGCCUUCUGUGUUGGCAUUAUCUAUCAUUGCAUUGGAAAUCCAAGCACAGAAGUGUGAACAAUUAACAGACGGAGUAGAAUGUCUUCAGAAACAUUCCAAGAUAAAUGGCAGAGAUUUGACCUUCUGGCAAGAGCUCGUAUCCAAGUGUUUAACUGAAUAUUCAUCAAACAAGUGUUCCAAACCAAAUGUCCAGAAGUUGAAAUGGAUUGUUUCUUGGCGAACUGCAAGGCAACUGAAGCACAGUUUCUACAGGAUAACCCACCUUCCAACAAUUCCUGAAACGGUUCCUUAAUCGGAUUAUUACGGCAACAAAAAACUCUUUGAAGCCUUUUUCUUCAGCCCUAAGCCAUGGAGUCCAUAGAAUUGUAAUGGAUUUUAGCUGUGAAGCCUCAAAACAUCACAACUAGAUUAGCAUUGAUGUUCUCAGACUUGGGAAAAUUGUCUACCUAACAUUAUGCUAUAGUGGAAUUAUAUUUAGAUUUGAAUUCAUCUGUGAAGCAUACAAAUCAAAGCUAAGAACAUAAAUGUGAAAGUUUAAUGAUAAGCCUGAGAAGGUAAACUGUGAAUCUUCAUUUCUAACAUUGAUCUAAAUUUUUUUAUUGGAUCAGUGUAUUUAGGUGGUGUUGAAGUGGUAACCUACUUAAUUUAAACUAAAUCAUCUUAAAUGUGCUUAUUAAAUCGUUGAGGCAUACAUCAAAACCAUCAUUUCACAAAUGCACUUUUAAGACAUAACAAGGAUUACUAUUCUAGGCAGUAUAAACGGUUUCUUGGUACCCAUAAUGCAAAUAAUACAUAAUCCAGAUAUGUGGACUUCGUUUGCUAUCUGGCAAUUACAUUUACAUUUGAGGGCAUUUUAUAUAAAGCAAAAAUACAGACCUGGCAAGUAUGACAAACUCAUAAAGUUAUCUUUAAUAUUUUUUUUCUAGAAAACAGGAAAUAUUUGUACCCAUGAUAAAAAUUUUUAUAUAGAAUCUACUGCCUCAGUCUAGUCUGUUUUUAUAAAACUGCCAUUGCCUCUAAUUUAGAAUUUUGCUUAAAAGGAACAGAGUAUACUUUCAUUAAAUGCCCUACUGUGCCAAAAUAAAGUCUUAAGAAAAUUUAAGUGGGCACCUUAAUAAAUUAUAAGGUAGCUGAGGUAGUAUUUCAGAUUUUCCAUGUAAGUCAGUGAAUGUAAGUUUUACAACUUUAAAGCUUCGUAAAUGGUUACUCAGUGCACUGUGUAGCCUGAGACCAUCCAGAAUGAUUUUAACCAAUUCAGAUUUACUUUUAACGUCAUGUUAUGGGUAUUUAUGGAUAAAUACGCACUGAAAAAUAAGCCAAAGAACCAUAGCGUAUCUUAUAUUUGACUUCUGUGAACUAUGUUUUGUGGAUAACAUUUCAGUUUUCCCAAACAGCUGAUAACAUUUCAAUAUUUUAAAUACAUCAGUGUUAAUUUUGAGUUGGCAGAGGUAACCUAACAAACUACCAUUAUGUUUUGGUAGUAAGGAAUAUAUAUAUACCUUUCAAUAAAGUUAUUGAAAUGCAUUGCUUUGCUGGGUGGUUUUGUUUUCUUAUUUAGUUAUAUUGGUAAUUUGAUAACAGAACUGUAAUAAAAAGCUAUCUCUAUUCAGUAAUACUUAAAUUCAGCACUAAAGUAAGAUGCAUGGUGGCAGAAACAAUAAAAUCUGUGUAGUAUGGCUAUUACCUAAUUAUCACCUUUCUAAUUGUUAUUUAAAAUAGAGACAACCAGCUGCCGCUGAGUCGAUUCAUACUCAUAGUAACCCCAUGUAUUGCAGAGUAGAAAUGAGUCAUAAAACAAACCUUAACAAAUUCAAAACAAGUUAACAAUUGAUUUUUGACACAGUGCAAAGACAAUUAAGUGGAGAAAGCACAGUAUUUUCAACAAAUGAUUUUGAAAUACUUUGGCACCCAUAUGCAAAAAAAAAAAAUCCACCUAAACCUCACACCUCACACAAAAAUUAACAUGGAUCACAGACCUAAAUAUAAAACAUAAAACAAUAAAUCUUUUAGAAGAAAACAGGCAAAAAUCUUCAUGACCUGGGGUUAAGCAGAGUUCUCAGACAUGACAUCAAAAGCAUGAUCACCCAGAAACAUGAUAAACUGUACCUCAUCAAAAUUUACAAAAACAAAACAAAAAACUUUUUUGCUUUGCAACAAGUUAUAGGCUAGGAGAAAAGUCUUUGCAGAUCAUAAAUCCAAUCAAGGGAUCUGCAUCCAGAUUAUCCAAUGAACUCUUAAAACUCAACAGUAAGAAAACAACUUGAUUUUUAAAACGGGUAAUAAAACUUGGAAAACUUCAUGAAAAAAAGAUCUACGGAUGGCAAACGAGCACAGGAAAUGAUGUUCAACAUCAUUUAUCAUUAGAGAAAUUCAAAUUAAAAGCAUGAUGAAAUACCAUUCCGCACACUAUUGUUUUUGUUAGUUGCCGUCAAGUCAGUUCUGACUAAUGGCAACCUCAUGGGUACACAGUAGAGCUGCUCC